AUGAGGAGCGCACUGAUUGACCGGACCUACGUCACGGUCCAGGCGACAGAGGGGAUGCGGGUGAAGCAGAAAUGUUUGAGCUCAUUUAUGGAGAUGAAGUGGAAGAAGGUGAGCCGGUACGUGGUGUACAAGAUCGACGAGAAGACCCGCGAGGUGAUGGUUGACAAAGUCGGCGUCGUCGGCGAGGGCUACGAUGGCCUCGCUGCUGCCCUCCCCGCCGACGACUGCCGCUACGCCGUCUUCAACUUCGACUUCCUAUCCUGUGACAACUGUCAGAGACGCAAGAUCUUCUUUAUCACCUGGCAUAUUCUUAACUUCUGUAUUAGGGAUUUUGGAGGUGAUAUGAAUUAUGAAGAAAGACCCCAAGGACCCUUUCUUGCUGCUUAG